GGCAAUAGAAUUCCGCCGGGAUUCUGAAGUCCUCGACGCUGGUUUGUCCAUGCUCAGGGAGUUUUUCGCGGCUGUUCCCAAAUUCUGCUUCUGUAGCCUAGGCCUGAGUGAGGGCUAAAUGCGCUCGGCCCUACCAAGUGAAGCUAGGGACAGGGACUGAGGAGGGUGAGGCUAGAGCGCGGCGGUCUAGAUUAACGCGGGUCUGAUAGCGAGUAUGACAGGGUCUCCGCAGGCUGUCGCGGCCAGGUCGAUCGAGUUUAUCCCGAGUCUCCCGAGACUGGUAGAUCCUCGGGACACUAUUCUCUUCUUCUUCUGACGAUCCACGCGUCACUCUUCUCUUCUUUCCCUUCAUGCGGUGUUGGCGGUGCGAGGGCCUCGGUGCCUGGUUGUGAGAGAGCUUCUUACAGUCAGACUCAGGUCACCAGGGCGUAGCUCCAUCUUCCCUGAAAGAAAACUGUGUCUCCGAUCGUUAGGAAACGAUGAUCCCACUUCUGUCUCGCAACUGACCACCCGCAUCCAAUACGGGCAGCUCUUGGAGUUAAGUCACCGCAAAAAUUAAUCAGUAUUUUCUCUCCAAGAUUUCUGUCAUUUCUCGAGAGUGUCCUUUUUCUAAACUAAAGAGAUUUAUUUUAAUGGAUGACUUAUUCUGGUUUGAAGUGCAUGAGAGACCUGGGUCACUGAAUGUCAGCCCUCUGAUGGUGGGGACUUUGUCUUGAUCUCCUUUGUGACCUCUCCUCGUGUAGCAGGCAGGGUGUGGUGUAAUCAGCACCAGUAAAUGUUUGGUGACUUGAGCUGUUUGGUGAAACAACCAUUCGGGAACCACUAACCAGAACGUCAUUCUUUUCCCUGCAAAGUAGGAAUACAGCCUGGGCCUUGAACCCAACCCGAGGAACCACAUCUGAGAAAACUCGGCCUAUGUCUGCAGAAAUAAACUUGGAUUCCUCAAACUAUUCAGGGAUGGGGAAUCUUCAGCAGUGUUAAAUACAUUACCGUCAACUUAUGAGAUGACAUCUUUGCAAAGGAAAGGCCUGCAAGGAAGGAUUCUCAGCUCUGAAGAAGAGGAGAAACUGAAAAGAGACCAGGUUUUGGUGUCUGACUUUAAACAACAACAACUGGAAAAAGAUGCUCAAAAGAACUGGGAUCUAUUUUACAAAAGAAACAGUACUAAUUUCUUCAAAGACAGACACUGGACCACCAGAGAGUUCGAGGAGCUCAGGUCAUGUAGGGAGUUUGAAGAUCAAAAACUGACUGUGCUUGAAGCUGGCUGUGGGGUCGGGAACUGUUUAUUCCCACUUUUAGAAGAAGAUCUGAAUAUAUUUGCAUAUGCCUGUGAUUUUUCUCCAAGAGCAGUCGAAUAUGUCAAGCAAAACCCUUUAUACGACACACAGAGGUGCAAGGUGUUCCAGUGUGAUCUGACUGAAGAGGACCUCCUGGAGCACGUGCCCCCAGAGUCCGUGGAUGUGGUCAUGUUGAUAUUCGUGCUCUCUGCUGUUCACCCUGAGAAGAUGCACCUUGUCUUACGGAACAUUCACAAGACACAGAUGACCAGUGGUAACCCUGCAGCUCACCGGGGAGGCACCCAAGUACAAGUGUGCGUCACCCAGAAAGCCCGUAUGCGUCACCUGUUGAGUGAGUCAGUCUGCUUUACAAAGGGAGAAGAAAGCAUUCAGCAAGUUGAAAAGGUAUUAAAACCAGGCAAAAAUGUCCUGUUCCGUGACUAUGGGCUGUAUGAUCACGCCAUGCUUAGGUUUAAAGCCGGCAGCAAACUCGGAGAAAACUGCUAUGUUAGACAAGAUGGAACCAGAUCGUAUUUCUUUACCGAUGAAUUCCUGGCUCGGCUCUUCACAGACACAGGUUAUGAAGAAGUGGUGAACGAGUAUGUGUUUCGUGAAACGGUGAAUAGAAAAGAAGGCCUGUGUGUGCCUAGAGUUUUUCUUCAGAGCAAAUUCCGAAAGUCUCCAAGGGACCCAGCUCCUGGGACCCUGGGCCUAGGUCACAGGUCCUGACUUUUCACGAGGUCGACUUUAUGCCUCCCCUUGAAGAGGAAAGUUUAAGGUCACUCUUAUUAUUUUGUAUAUUUUUAUAUUUUAACUUUUUUAAUGAGUAUAAUUUUUUCAUUAAAAAGUAACAAAUUGUGUCUGUGUGUAGUAUAGAAAUAUAAAAAUCAAAUAAAGUUGCAAGAUCUGAAAAGUAAAGG